AUGAUGAAGGCUGCCUUAGUGGACGAGGAGGAGGAAGGCGACGAGAUCCCCGAUGCCAUCCAGGUGUUUAUGAACAAUGAGAAGAGCGGCAGUUCCAGCGUCUCAGAAAUGCUGAAGAAUGACGAGUUCCAGAAGCUCAUGGACGAGGUGCGAGAGCGCAAGGAUGAGCAGCCGGCCCUGGAGUUGGGCAAGCAGCUGAGCGAGGAGGACACAGAAUACCCGCUCAUCACUCGUUGUAACACCUUGGUGCGAGAGAUCGACGAUGAGAUGAUGAGCAUCCAUCGAUUUGUCAGAGACAUCUAUUCCAAGAAGUUCCCGGAGUUGGAGUCCAUCGUCACCAGCCCCUUGGACUACCUACAGGUGGUGCAGCGCAUUGGCAACACCAAGGGUGGCCUGAAAACAACACUCUCUGGUAUGCUGGAACAGGAUCUCACCACCAUCGACUUCUCGGACAUUUUGCCGAAUACUGCCGUCAUGGCCAUCACGGCGAGCGGCUGA